AUUUUACUCGUUUUACGCACUUCCGCAUUUGUCGCAGUCAAAACAGCAGUUUAUGUCGGUGAAUUUGUAAAACAACAAUUCGUUACAUCUCCUCGAGCGUAUUAGCUUGCCACAAUGACUGUGUUAACAAAACCUAGCCUCACAAUAAAGAAAAUCCCGUUGAUAGAUGAAAGCCACUGCGAUGAAGAAAUCAUCGAGAUGCACAGCACUGGUGCUGGCAAGAGGCACGGGGUGGCUGCCAUCCUGUGCAUGGGGGUCACGGUGUUCCUGCUCGUGCUGAUGGGCGUCAUCACCGCCCUUCAGAUAUACGAUCAAGUGGCCUCUGACGUCUCGCAGCGCAACCACUAUCAGGGAUUCUGCUCCAUUCCUCUCUCUAGGGACUUGCCGAUGAUGGAUACGCGUAAGAUGUCUCUCACCUGGAAGACCACACCCAUCAUAAAGCAUGCGGAACCCGAAGUACAGGUAGUGAGUCUUCUAGACGAGGACCCUGAGCACCUGAUGGACCUGCUGCGGGAGGUGCUGGACAUCGACAUCGACGACUCCGUCGAGAAGAUCUCCGUGUUCAACAACGGCCAUCCCGUCAGCUUCAUCCAUGACUUCGAAUCUAAUAUUACUGGCAUCGUGGACUCGGCGCGCUGCUUCACGAUGGAGCUGGACCCGGCGCUGGUGCUGGCCCCCGAGCUGUUCGUGUUCGGGCUGCAGCGCGGCGAGCAGUUCGACGUGUCGCGCGUGCGCAGCCAGCUGCGGGCCGCGCUGCCGCCCGCCGCGCCCGCGCCCGGCGGCGGCCUGCGCGCGCUGCGGGCCUGCCAGGGCAAGCCCGUGUACCGGCUGCAGAAGGACAGCGCUGUUGCCAUUCGCAAGCGUUCGGUGGACGCUCCGCCGCACGACUACAUGCACUUUGCGGGAAACCGCAUCCAGGAGAUAGAGAUCAGCAACCUCGCUGAGUUGCUCGAGUACGAGCAGAACAACAAGCAAAAUGCUUAAACACUAGUAUCACAUAUUAGGGAACAAUUUGACUAAAUGAGUGCUAAUUCUCGACACUAAUUAGAGGUAUUGUCGUUUACAGGGCCAGUCAUAGUAGCAUCACUAAAUCUUCUGUUUAGUCAUUAGUGACUGGACAAUAUUUACUCACAAAAGCACUUCAUUUGUUAAUUGCUCACUAAUCUGUGCUAGAGAUGUACCGGUGUGGAUGUAGGAUCCAAUAUGAUAGUGAUGGGGAUGAUUUUAGUUGAUUUAUACAAUAGAUCGACUACUGACAUCCAGGUAUUGUUUCAGUUCUGUGAUGUAAUGUUUUAAUUUAGUUUUUAGUUGUAGUACAAAUUUUAACAUCGUUACAACAAAAGUUCAAACUAGUUUUUGAACUGAUUGUAAUAUAAAUUUUAUGAAAAAUACGCGCACACUAAGGAAGGCAUGGUUGUGUAUUGGAUUGGUUAUAGUAAGGAGAAAUAUUUAAUUGGUUACUUAAAAACAAAUUAUUAUUGAUACAUCUGAUUCAGCAGCUUAAUUGUUUUUCGAUUAAUACAGCAUUAAAACAUUUUUUGAAUUGCAAUGAAAACAUUUGUAAAUGUUGUCAGUUGUCAGUGUUAGUUUAUGUCCGAUGGCCGCAGAAGCUGACUCCUAUAUCCACAUCCAAGUGAGAUUAGUGUUAGUCCUACUUUAAAUAUAGUACAUGAUACUCUACAUUUAUAAUCAGUAACUAAAUAGAUUUAUUUAGAAUGUUGUUCAAUUUAGUCGAUUCUCUAACACUGAUUACUUUAGUCGAUAUUAACGUAAUAUUGUACCUAGUUUAGUUAUAAUAAGUUAUUUGGUCAGUGCCAUCGUAUAUGCAUUUAAAAAAUAUUUAAUUUAGGAUGGUAGGUCUUUAAGGGAAUAAUCUAAAGCACGCGAAUCGUGCACCAAGCACAGGCUAAAAUACAUUUUACGUUACAAAUAGGAUCUCAUGAUGACUUUAAUUUUAAGUUAAAAAUAAAUGUUGUUUUUCAUUUGUUGCAACUCAAAGUUCGGUUUCUUUAAUGAUUCUUGUGGACAAGCAAAUUUUUGUAUGUCUGGCCAAUAUGUCUGAUAUUGUGUACAGGGCAGUAAGCGAUAGAGCUGAAAGUACAAGUAUAUGAUAUUCAGUAGGCUGUAUCACAAGUGAUUUCUGACGGAAUAAAAUGUUUAAUGUCA